AUGUCAGCCCAGGGGUUUGUCGCCCGCCUCUGCCAGGAGGGGGACCAGCACCUGGCCCAGGGGGCGCCCGCGCAGGCCACAGCCUUCUACCUGGCGGCGUUCAGCUGCCACGCCCCCUCGGCUGUGCGGCGUGUGCAGGCUGUCCUGGCCGAGGCUCGGGGGGCAUCCGUGGUGGCCACCCUGGAAGCCUGGUGCCGCGACGACAGCCAAAUCCCCACCAUCCACUGGGACGGCAUGGUGGUGGUUUCCCUGACGGGGAGCCUGGCCUCUGCCUUCCUCGGCGCCCUCUGCCCAGACCACCCGGCCGCCAUCCUGCACCAGCUGGCUGACCUGCUGGCACGCGGGCGCCAUGGGGAGGCAGUACAGCGCUGCAGUGCCCUGCUGGACGUCCACUCCCAGCAGGCCCUAGAGCUGCGGCUGACCCGCGCCCUGGCCUGGGUCCUGUCUGGGGCGCAGGUGGUCGACGGCGUAGCUGACUACCUCCAGGCCUUUGCCACCAGUGCCAACCGGACCGUGGCCUUCAUCCGCACCCAUCAGCAGCCAUACCUCCCCGUGCUGGUCAGCACCCUCCAGGACUACAUCUCAGGGCACCUAGAGGCCAGGGACAGCGUCAGCCAGCAGGAGACCGACGGCCAGCAUCUCCUGGCGGCCUUGGACACCAAGGGCACCCAGAGCAAUGCCCUGUCACCUGAAGCCCUGCUCCACAGUGGCAGGUAUGAGGAUUGCGUGGCCACCUGCAGCCGGGCCCUUGAGUCUGACGUGAUGGGCAGCAGACCCCAAGGGGAGCACCUGGCCGCCCUGCUGGUCACCCGCGCGGCCGCGGCCUUCUUCCUGGACGGCCGGGCCCAGGACACGCUCCGGGAUCUGCACGAGGCCUUCCACGAGAGCCCGUCGGCGGCGCGGAGGCAGUUCCAGGCCGUGCUGUCGGCCGAGGACCAGGCGCGCGUCCGGGCGCAGGCGCAGGAGGCCGCGGACGUGGGCUUCGCCCGCUUCCUGGAGGCCGUGCGGAGCCGCCCGGAGCUCCGCGAGGACGCGGGCCGCGAGCUGCUGGCCCCGGUGGCCCGCGCGCUGCGCAUCCUGCUCCGCCUGGCGCCGGCCGGGGCGCGAUCCGCGCCGGCUGCCCGCCUGGCCGAGUGCCUGCUGCUGGCCGGGGACGCGGCGGGCGCCCGGACGCUGUGCGAGCGCCUGCUGCGGCCCGCGCGCCCCGGCGACCGUGCGCGAACCCGCGCCGAGGAGCGUGCGCCCCUGCUGGCGCUGCGCGGCUUCUGCGCGCUGCACGCCGGCGACGCGCGGCGCGCCCGGGAGGACUUCCGGGCGGUGGUGGCGCAGGAGGCGCCGCACGCGGGCGGCUGCGUGCGCGCGCUGUGCGGCCGCGGGCUGCUGCGGGUGCUCGCCGGCAGCGCGUUCCUGGGCGCGCUGGACUAUGUCACCGCGUGCCGGCUGCGGCCGGAGGAGGCGCUGCUGGCCGCCAAGGCCUACGUGCCCUGGAACCACCGCGGGCUGCUGCGCACCGUGCUGCGGGAGGAGGGCCGCAGGGUGCUGCAGCGCGGGCCGGAACGCCGCCCUGCGAGCGCGCGGGGCCGCCCCGCCGAGCCGGAAGGGGAUGCCUAUGGCGUGUACCAGCUAGCCACACUGCUGAUGGAGCUGGACACAGAGGACGAGGCCUCCCGUCUCCUGGCAGCUGAUGCCCUGUACCGUCUGGGCCGCCUGGAUGAUGCCCACAAGGCCCUGCUGGUGGCCCUCUCCCGGAGGCCCCGGGCAGCCCCUGUGCUGGUGCGGCUGGCCCUGCUGCAGCUGCGGAGAGGCUUCUUCUAUGAUGCCAACCAGCUGGUGAAGAAGGUGAUCCAGUCUGGGGACACGGCCUGCCUCCAACCCACCCUGGACGUCUUCCACCAUGAGGACCGGCAGCUGCUGUGGCAUCACUGCCAUGCACAGGCCCUGGCCAUCCUGCGGGCACGGCCGGGCGGGGCCGACAGCAGAACCCACACCAGGGAGGCCAUCGCCUACCUCUCUCUGGCCAUCUUUGCAGCAGGGAGCCAGGUCAGCGAGUCCCUCCUCACCCGAGCCCGCUGUUAUGCGUUCCUGGGCCAGAAGAAGACGGCCAUGUUUGACUUCAACUCGGUGCUGCGGGGCGAGCCGGGCAACGUGCAGGCACUAUGUGGACGGGCACUCGUGCACCUGGCCCUGGACCAGCUGCAGGAAGCUGUGGACAACAUUGUCUGUGCUCUGAAGGUCGACCCGGGGACUGUGGUCCCUGAGAUCCGCUCUCUGAAGCCAGAAGCCCAGGCCCUCCUCACACAGGGCCUCUACUCCCGCUGCCGGGCCCUCCUGAGCCAGCUGCCAGACACCAGGGCCCCCCUGGGGGACAAGGACAGCCAAGGCCUCCUUGCCGUGGGGGAGGCAUUGAUCAAAAUCGAUGCUGGAAAGCAGAGCUGGCACAUCCUCCUCACUGACAUCCUCAUUGCACUGGGCAGUUAUGAGGAGGCUGGUGCCCACCUGCUAAAAGCCCUGCACCCCGCCCCACCGUCAGAGGCAGCCCGAGCCCGGCUGGGCCUGCUCCGGCUCAAGAAGGGAGAUGUGCCAGCCGCUGCUCAGGACCUGCAGUGCCUAGCCGAGAUGGACACCCAGGACCUCGGCUUCCUGCUGCAUCUCCUGGAGGUCUCGGAGCGGCAGAGCCUCACCCAGGCAGCAUCCCAGGAAGCCAGAACCCUCCUAGAUGCAGGGCAACCCAGGCAGGCACUGGGAUACUGUUCAUUGGCUGUCCUGGCUGGUAGUGGCAGUGCCUGUCACCUGCGUCUGCGGGCCACCUGCCUGGCGGAGCUGCGGGAGUUUGGCCGGGCACUCAAGGACCUGGACCGUGUGCUCCAAGAGGGUGCAGAGGACAGCAACCUCCCAAGCCAGGCAGAGGACUUCUGCUCCCGGGGCCGCCUGCUGCUGAGCCUGGGGGACGAGGAGGGGGCUGCAGGGGCCUUCAGCCAGGCCCUUAAGCUGGCACCCACCCUGGCCCAGGGCAGCCUGUGGGAGCAGCCAGGCCGGGCCCCCACCACCUGCGUGUUCCUGCACCUCGGGCUGCGCUGCCUGGAGGAGCAACGCUAUGCAGAGGCCUGGACAGCAGCGGAAAACGGCCUCCUCGUGGACCCCGACCAUAGCGGCCUGAAGAAGCUAAAAGUGAGGAUCCGGAGGGAAGCGUCCUCAGGCUGCCGGCUCCACUGA